CGCCUUGCGCGCCGGCCCGCCCCCCUCUCCCGCCCGAGAAACUGCAGCCGCCGCCGCGCCUCACUCUCCGCCCGCCCUGCCAGUGAGUGGGAGGCGGCUGUGGGCAAAAGGCAGGUGGGACGCCGAGCGGCCGCUGCUCCAGAGCGGGGACUCCGGAGGCGAGGCGAGCGGCGCGCGCGUCCCCCGGGCUCCGGUUGAGUUCGCCCGCUGGCCCUUUGCCGUCGCUCACGCACCCCAGCGGGCUGUGCUCGGUGCCUUCCCCGCUCGAGCGAGGCGCUUAUGUAAAAGACCCCACGGCAGUGCGAGAGGGAGGCUGCGCGUGUGGGUGCGCGCCGCGCAAGGGCCGGCGAGAAGCCGCCGCCGCCGCAGCUCGGAAGUCCCCGCAGAGGACCUUCCUCCGUCGCCCACCCCCUACCGGAGCUGCGGAGGGACUUCUCUCCGGGGCAGCCGCAUGUGCGAAGUCGGGACGCGCCCUCCGCUCCCCGCCGGCGACCGAGGUGGCGGCGGCGAGACCCCCCCGGCUAGCGCCCUGUCGCCGCCGGGCUGCGCGGCCGGCGAGAAGUGCCGCGAGAUGGGAGAGCAGCCCAUCUUCACCACCAGAGCGCAUGUGUUCCAAAUUGACCCCACCACCAAGAAGAACUGGGUUCCUGCAAGCAAGCAGGCUGUAACUGUUUCCUACUUCUAUGACAGCACAAGAAACAGCUAUCGGAUAAUCAGUGUGGAUGGCGCCAAGGUGAUUAUAAAUAGCACAAUCACACCUAAUAUGACCUUCACAAAAACAUCCCAGAAGUUCGGCCAGUGGGCUGACAGCAGAGCAAACACUGUCUUUGGUCUGGGGUUUUCUUCCGAACAGCUACUAACAAAGUUUGCAGAGAAAUUUCAAGAGGUGAAAGAAGCUGCCAGACUAGCCAGAGACAGAUCGCAAGAAAAAAUAGAAACUUCUAGCAAUCAUUCCCAAGAAUCGGGCCGCGAGACUCCGUGUUCAACUCGGGCCUCCAGUGUGAAUGGGACGGACGACGAGAAAGCAUCGCACGGCGGUCCCUCAGAUGCGCAGCUGAAAACAGAGAAUGACAGACUGAAACUUGCCUUAGCCCAGAGUUCCUGCAAUGUAAAGAAGUGGGAAAUGGAACUGCACACUCUUAGAGAGAGCAAUGCCAGACUGACUUCUGCUCUCCAGGAAUCUGCGGCCAGCCUGGAACACUGGAAGAAACAGUUUUCCAUUUGUAAAGAUGAAAACGAUCAACUUCAGAGCAAGAUUGACGAAUUGGAAGAGCAAUGCAAUGAAAUAAAUAAGGAGAGAGAGCGAAACAUGCAGCUGAGCAGGCGUCUCCAGGAACUGGAAACGGAGCUUCAAGACAAAGAGCUGGAAAUAGAGGAUCUUCGGAAACAGGGUGAAAUCAUACCAGAGCUGAUGACAGAAUGCGAAACAGUAUCUCAGAAAUUGCAGGCUGCUGAGAAAAGGAAUAAAGACCUGGAGGACAAAGUCAGAGCUCUAAGGACAGAGGUUGAAGAAAGCAAACACAGACAAAACAACCUUAAGACUGAGUUGCAGACUUUUUUAGAUGUACUAGAUGGAAAAAUCGAUGAAUUACAUGACUUCCGGCAAGGACUAUCUAAACUGGGAGUUGACAAUUAGGGAAUAGCAACAUUCUAUUUUAUUAUUUUAUUUUGUAAACUAACAUUUGCUGGGUGUGCAUUUUAAUCCUAAAUGUCUGUUUCACAAAAAAAAAGCAACUAGAGUA